CGCUAAUGCGCCUUAACGUUAGAUUCACCCGCCAUAAAAGAAAGAAGAAGAAGAAGAAGAGGCGCAGUUAUUGUUGUUGUCCAAGGUCUUCAGUCUAGCUAGAAAAUCACUUCUGAUUAACCUCAAAUUCAUACGCAAAUUUUUAAACGGACAUAAUGGAGUCGUCACCUAAAGUAAAGAGAACCACUAAACCCCGAGAUGGGAAAGCUGGAAAAAAUCUGCCCAGGUCCCAAAAGGACACGCAUCCUCAACUUCUGAAUCAGCAUCAAAAUGGCAAGUUACGGUCUCACUUGCAAGAGUCUGAAGAGCAGCAGCCAGUGCAGACAGAGGAGAACGCAAGCGCGUCAGACAGGUCUGUCAAAAAUGGGGUCAACCGGCGAAAAAAGGCAAAUUCAGAGUCAUCGUAUUCCAGCGAUGGCGUUCCAUCUCAACAGAGUGGACAUCAAGCCACAAACGCUGAAGACCAGGGUGGGAAACCUGGCACGCUUGAAAAGAACGCCACAGCAGAGGUACAAAAGGCUGCCGUGUCCAAAAAGUUUCCCUCAAAACGGCGACAGAAGAAAAGUGAGAAAGACAUGAAAGCGAGUCUGGUGGGAUCUGAGGAAAGCGACGCGCCGCAGUUCAGCGGUUCAUGUCCAGAGGAACAGGCUAAGAAGAAAUCAAAAAAGAGGAAAUCAAAAGGAAAUUCGGACAAGAAAACCAAGGAGGUGUGCGGUCCUACAGUCGAUACCGUGGCUGCUGGGAAUUCACAGAACAAAAAAGCUCCUCAGACUCCAGUUCCAACAGAAAGUGUGCGACCAAACAACAAAGAUAAAAACACUGGACGUGGUAGAGGUUCACGGAAGCCUCUCUUCGAGCACUACAUGUCUACCGAGAACGUCUCUGCCGGCCUGAAAAGAGGAGAACUCAUUCAGGGUGCACUGAGAAUAAACCCCAAGAGGUAUAAAGAAGCGUUUACGCCGGCUCCAGAUGGGUCUGCCGAUAUCUUUCUGGACGGGAUUGCAGCUCGUAACAGGGCUCUGAACGGAGACGUUGUUGUUGUGAAAAUCCUCCCCCCUGAACAAUGGAAGGCAGUCAACGGAGACACAAAUGGAAGCAGUUCAGCCAGUCAGAGGGUGUCAAAGGUUCCUGAUGUCAUAGUGGAAGCCCAUCACGAUGGAGGUGAUGAGGUGGUCAGAAAAAUGAAGAGUGUCAGUCUCCACGAUAAAGCCCCUGUCAUGACACAAUCUGUCAAAAAUGUAAAUCCAUCCAACAGUUCUGAAUCAAGCUCAGACAAAAAUGUUCAAAGAACUGGAAAGGUUGUGUAUAUUGUCGAACCGAAGCACUCCAGGGCAGCAUCAGGCUUCCUGAAAUUUCUCCCCGGCAAGAAUUUUGCCAUGUUUUCUCCAGUGGACCACCGGGUACCAAGAGUAAACGUCCCUCUAACAGACUGUCCAGCCGACUUUAUCUCUAGACCUGGGGACUAUGAAAACAUACUCUUUGUCUGUCGAAUCACACACUGGCCAGCAGACAGCAACUUCGCUGAAGGGCGACUUAUGAAAUCGUUAGGACAGGCAGGUGAAAUAGAGCCAGAAACAGAAGGCAUCCUGACCGAAUAUGACGUGGACUUUUCCGAAUUUUCCGAAGAGGUGGUUGGAUGUCUCCCUCAAGAUCUGCCCUGGAGUAUCCCUGCUCCGGAGCUUUCCAGAAGAAGAGAUCUCAGAAAAGAAUGUAUUUUUACAAUUGACCCAGCUACAGCCAGAGAUCUGGAUGAUGCACUGUCCUGUAAACAACUGUCAGAUGGUAAUUUUGAGGUGGGUGUUCACAUAGCAGAUGUGAGUUAUUUUGUGGAGCAAGGAAACGCUCUGGAUCAAAUCGCCAGCCGAAGAGCCACAAGUGUCUAUCUCGUCCAAAAGGUGAUCCCCAUGUUGCCUCGUCUUCUGUGUGAGGAGCUGUGCAGUUUGAACCCGCUGACGGAUCGCUUGACCUUCUCUGUCGUUUGGAAGCUGUCUCCAGAGGGCAAGAUUCUGAGCGAAUGGUUUGGUCGAUCAGUCAUCUGUUCCUGCAUUAAGCUGAGUUACGAUCACGCUCAGAGUAUGAUCGAAUCCCCUGACAAGAGCUUCAGUGCUGAAGAGCUGCCGCCCUGCUCACCAAACCACUCCAUCCAAGAGAUACAGGAGGCCGUCAUCAACUUGCACAACAUCGCCAAACAACUCCGUGCUCAGCGGUUUGAGGGCGGAGCCCUGCGGCUAGACCAGAUGAAGCUUUCCUUCACUCUUGAUAAAGCCUCCGGCAUGCCUCAGGGCUGUUACGUCUAUCAGUAUCGGGACAGCAACAAGCUGGUGGAAGAGUUCAUGUUGCUGGCGAACAUGGCGGUGGCUCAUCGGAUCUUCCGCGCGUACCCAGAGCUGGCCCUCCUCCGGAGACACCCGCCGCCUCAGAGCAAGAUGGUGGACGACCUGCAGGAGUUCUGUGAUCAGAUGGGCAUUGACAUCGACCUUUCCUCGUCUGGAGCUCUGCACCGGAGUCUGAAUGAACAGCUUGGCGAUGACGGGUACGCCGCAGCCAGGAAGGAAGUUCUCACUCAUAUGUGCUCCAGGCCCAUGCAGAUGGCAAUGUAUUUCUGUUCCGGAGCACUGAGGGACGAGAAGCUCUUCCGGCACUACGCCCUGAACGUGCCUCUCUACACGCACUUCACUUCUCCUAUACGACGCUACGCUGAUGUCAUAGUGCACCGCCUACUGGCCGCCUCCCUCAAUUGCGGGCCAAGUUUGGGUCUCACAGGAGAGGAAGUUCACAAGCAAUCUUCCCAAUGCAAUGACAAGAAGACCGCAUCCAAGAGAGUUCAAGAGCUGAGCUCUGAGCUUUUCUUUGGCAUCUUUGUGAAGGAGUGUGGUCCGCUGGACUCGGAGGCCAUGGUGAUGGGAGUUCUGGAUCAGUCCUUUGAUGUCCUUGUGCUUCGCUUUGGAGUGCAGAAACGAGUUUACUGUAACUCAUUGGAAGGACUUAAGACAUUCCACUUCCGUAAAGUUGGGAAGAGACCCGAGAUGACGCUUGUUUGGGAAACCGAUGACCCAGAGAAGGACUCCAUACGACAGGAGAUCUCCAUCUUCACGCUUCUGAAUGUUCAGUUGAAGGCCUACGGAGCUCCUAUGAAAUACAGCGCCGUGGUGCAGAGACCCUCAGACAACACCGAUUCAUAAACGCACCUUCCUAUGAAUUUUCUUUAAACUCUUUUAUUUCUGCAGGUUUCAGUAACGUUCAGUAACCAGAAGACAUGUGUAACUAUAGCGAUUCAGGUCGCUCUUCUAUUUAUUAUGUAAGCACCAGGAGACCACAAAGUCUUUUUGCAUUUUAAGAGAUGUGAUUUUUAAUUUUGCUCGCAAAGCUUUAGAUUUCGUUUGAGUUGUGUACGUCUGUUGGCAUGUUUAAUUUUAGCCUCAGGAAGUUUACCCAAAAAGGAAGGUUUUGUUUUCAGGGAUGUUGCCAAAUAAUUGAAUCCUGUUCCCUGACUCCUGAGUUUUAGUCGUUUCGAUGCCGGCCUUUUGGCGUUGUGUGCGUUAUAACAUUUUGCCUUCGUUUUGCUUUAAACCUAUUAGCCUUUGCAUGAUGGAGGAUUACUUCACACGGGGUUUUGUCAACUUCAGAAGUUGCGGUUAUGUUCAUGAUUAUUUUGUUUUCCCAAUGGGAAGCAUUGAUCCCUUAAUGAAAAGGCUAUUUUAAUAAGUGUUCUUUGACUCUGGUAGUAAAGAAUUGUGGCUUAGUAAUAGUGGUCCGUGCAUGUAACCGUAUUUUCUUUCUUUUUAAUGAUUUGAUUAACAUGAGCUUUAAAGCCAUCUCUUGUUUACUGUCAUUUGUAAGUAUUUUAAUUAUAAGUAUUUAAUUUUUUUUCCAUCAUUUGCUUUUUUUUGAGUUCACCUCAGGGGACAGCAGUGUUGUGGCUGGAGUUUACUUGCGUGCAUUCUAUUAUUUAACAUAUUUUAAAAGCGCUUUAGGGUGUAAUUUAAUCCUAAUUUUAGGCCGUUCAUUUGAUUGUCAUUUUUCUGCUUCGAUUUUUAUUGCACAUGCAAUCUGAUAUUGGUAAGUAAUCACUGCCAGUGAUCAGACUGUGUUGGAUCCAGUAAUUCAUUAGUUGCAUUUAUAUGAACUGUUUCUUAUCUACUGUGUGCUGCUGUUAUAUGUCUGAUUUAGGACUGAAUAUAGGAGUUUAAAACAAAAUAAGCAAUAACUGUAUAACGUUGUCAUUAUAGUCAUCUUCAUGCAGAUUUACACUUAACGUCAAAUGAAAAAUCUCAUGCCACUAACAAGAAAGCAGCCUAAAAAUGUCAAAAUUAUAGAAGCUCUCAUUACUUUGCUACUGGUGACGUAAAAACAUAAGCUGUCGUGUUGUCGAUUGGAAACACUACAGUAUCCAUGGAUGAAUCAUCUCAGAACUGCAGCAUUUAAAUGUUCGUUGUUGUGGUUCACUUCUGUAAGGUGUCAAACUUGAUGUUAAUGCACAUUUAUUGGUCUAUAAAUGCAGUCCUGACAUACA